GCAAGACGAUUGGGCGUUUGUAAAUUGUCUGUAGAGUGAACAUCGGCGGUGAUAGAUUUGUGUUACGUCACUUUAACUGACUUCGAAGCUGCUUAAAGCAUAAAUGACAUUUAUUAUAAGUUAAACAGAAAGUUAGCUUGUCGUUAGUAAAUAAAAUGGUCCACGGUCAGCGAGUACACUGCAUACUUUGUGGACGGUCUGAAGAGACGAAAGUAACUGGACCUCUGUCGACUAAAAGUGACGUGACUGCUCAUCAAAACUGUCUGCUGUAUUCUUCAGGAAUUUAUUGUAAGGAGUCCCCACUGCUUGAUGACCUUUUUGGGUUUUCUGUGGAUGAUGUGCGAGAAGAGGUGAAACGAGGAAAACAACUGAGAUGCUGCAGAUGUAAAAAAACCUAUGCAACUGCUGGGUGUGAAGUCAAGAGGUGCAAGAAGUCUUACCAUUACCCAUGUGCGGUUGAAGAAGGAGCUCACAUUGUUGAGGAUACAGAAGAGGGAAAAUUUGGGCUGUACUGCUACAAACACAGUGAAUUACAAAAAAACAACAGCUCUGUAAGUGGAAACAACACUCCCCGUAUGAGUCCCACAACUUCCAACAAUCCCAGUGAAGCAGGAUCAUUUGAGGUUUGCUGCCUAACUUGUGAGAAGCAGAAAGGAAAUAUCAGCUUAAAAAGUUUGAUGAAUAGCAUAAAUAUGAUAUACUGUGACAAACAUGCUCCCUCGUCACAUAAGAGAAACAUCAACAGAGAUUCUUCAGGAGCUGGUCCGUCUAUGUACAAUAGUGACUCUAACUCGUCCAGCAAUUCGACACGGGCAUCCUCCAAGAGGCGACUGAGUUCAGAUGACAAUGAGGAAGUGACCCCCUCUAAAAGGACGUCCAAAAGCUUCAGGAGGACAAUAUCAGAGGAUUCUUCAAAUUCAGAUGAGAAUCCUCCUAAUUCUGAAUGUGCACCUUUAGACGAUGAUUUUGCCGAAAGUGCCUCCUUUAAUCAAGAGUCUGAACAGAUCAGAACCAGCACGGAGGGGGACAUGGGGUUCAGCUCAGAACAUCAACAAGAGGAGGAGAACACUGGUGGAAAUAAUGAAGAGGAUGGAGAUGAAACCUUUGUACAAUCUGAUGCUGAGUCAGAGAGUUUGCUGAUUCCUGUAGAAGUCUGUAUGGAUUCACUUCCAAACUCAACCACUGAAUUCGCCACUCAGACUGAAUGUACAGUGACUAAAGUCGUAAAGAGGGAACAAGAAGGGUCAAGUCAUAUGCACAGUCCCCGGCAGAGUCCUCUCCCAGAUUCUGAUGAAGUCAUCGAGCCCUCCAUCCCACAGCAAAGCUCUGUAGCAUCGCCUCCCUCUCCUGAUCGCUCCGGACCUCAGAGUGUCACCAACCCAGCUCCGUGUACCAGCUCAUCUGUUUCCCCACCACCACCACCACCACCACCACCACCACCACUACCCACCUGCAUCACCAUCAGCUCCUCCCCUCCCUCUCCCUCAGACUCAGUGCCCAGCAUUGACUCCGCCAGCUUCUGGAAAAGCUGUAACACUGCUCAGUGCACUCAAGCCAUCUUCAGUGAUUUCUUUGAAGAGAUGAAUAACAUCUGUGUCAAGAUUCAGUCAGACCAGGCCAGCCAAGAGGAUUAUGACCAUGCUCUAGCAGUGAUAGAGGCUUCUGGGAAACUCGAAGAGCUUGUGACCAAACAGCAGAAAGAGUUGCUAAGGAAACGAGAGGAGCUGGAGAAGGUGGCCACAGCUAUGACGGAGGUCGUCUCAGCACUGAGGAGAUGAGCCCAUCAGCAGCUAAAACAACAGUGUGGAUAUCACAGUUUUACCUUCUUUUUAUGGUGGAUGUUUAAUUUGACAUUUGUCGCAGGAACAUUUUAAGCAUUUUAUGUUGCAUAUAUACAGUAUAUUUAUACAUACAUAUAUAUCUUUACAUUGAUUAUGAGUUCAUAUUUAAUCCAGUCUGAGGUUGGAAAAAUGUUAUUUAGCACUGAUAAUAAGUUGUUGAAAGCUUUAAAUGUUGAAAUUAUACAAUAAGAUCUUGUAAUAAAUUUGGUCCUACAGUAAUGAUUUACAUUAGGGCAUGGACAUUUUAAGGGAAGAAUGAGUCAAUGGGAGGUAGCUGCAUUUAAAAAAGUUAAUUAAGGUAUAUAAAAAAGUAAUAUUUAUCUUAAUGUUUGAUACUACGUCAUGAACCAAGUUCACAUGACUCUUUAAAGGCACUGAAAUUGUAUAAAAUCUAUAAAAUCUGUCUAGUUAAAUUAAGAGUCUUUGCUGGUGUUUUUCUCUGCAAAAAUGUUGUGUACCAUCAGUGUCCUCUUGAUAUCUGUAAAAUGAAGAGCUUUAUGACAGUAGAUUCACAUGUAGCAAACAAAAACAUUCAUACUGUCUUUUAAAUGUGUUUUAUAUUUCUGAAUGUCAAAGCCUGGAAGUCAAAGAGUGUUGGAGGGGAAUAUUCUCAAGAUCCUUGUUCCCCAAGACUGUUCAUAUUUAUGGUACCUCCUCAGCCCUCACUGGAGUGAAAAUGUUUCGUCACUGUAAAAGGAAACAUGCAGAAAUGUGAAAUUCUGAAAGAUCACUGCCACAGAAUCAUGUUAAAAUAUGCCUUGUAAGUUUGUGUGGUACUGUAAUAUUUGUGUUUCAUGUUCCUGAACUUUUUUCAAGUUGUCCUUCAAGAUGAUAAACCCCAGUUUUGUAA